AUGGCUGCAAGGCGGUUGCUUAUUAGACUCUGCAUAGGGUCUGCUGCAGGGUAUGCAGGAUAUGUGAGCUUUGUAUACAUGAGGACACAAUUCGAGAUUCAGCGUAGGAAGGAAAUAUAUGACAGUCUUAUAUCCCAGGGUCUUCUGGACACGAAAGUGAGACUAUUAGAUCCCAGGUUUCGCAGCAUGAAGAUACUGGGCAGGUACGAGAACCCAUUCACCGAAUACAGACCGCAGACACUAUUUGAAUUCAUGGUGAUGAGAUUUAUGGAACUGACAGAACACGGAAAAAGAGGAGGCCUACCGAGUGAUCCAGAGGUCUUGAAGAAGCUAUUGCCAUCAGUGAAACCAGAUCUCGACUUGAUUUCCCAAAUUCGUUCUGGUGUUGACAAGAUUCCAGCAUUUCCAAAACUGCCGCCUAUGGAUAGAAGACUUUCAUAUACUUGGCUGGGCCAGAGUUGUGGUUUCUUGCAGAUCGGGAAACUUUCAUUUUUGGUUGAUCCGUUGUUUUCAGACCAUCUCGUGAACCGUUAUGUGGGGCCCAAGCGAUAUAUACCGGUACCAGUUGGUCUAGACCGAUUUCUUCAAGGAAUAGGCGGACCACCGGAGUUUGUAAUGGUUUCGCACGAUCAUCCAGACCAUCUCGACCAGGAAUCAAUUGCAAAAAUUGGGAAUAAAAGCAAGUGGAUCGUUCCUCUUGGGUUGGGGAAGUACCUCAAGAAACGUGGCGUGUGGAAUUAUCUGGAAAUGGACUGGUGGGACCGUAUUCCGCUUGAUGCAGCAUUGCCCGACGAUGGGAUGCCUAGCAAACGUGGGAAUCAUUGCAAAAAAAAGCACACGUAUGAAGUUGUAUGCUUACCGUCGAUGCACUGGGGUGGCCGGAUAUUAAUAGACUCGAAUUCGAGGUUGUGGUGUUCAUUCAUGAUAUUGAGAGAUGGCAAGGCGUUGUUUUAUCAUGGUGGAGACACUGGCUAUGCAUCCGAGCUUUUUCGAAGAGUUGGGAAUGAAUUUGGGCCGGUGAAACUUUCUGCUCUUCCUAUAGGCCAAUAUUGCCCAGAAUGGCACCAGAGACCACGCCAUAUAUCCCCACAGGAAAGUGUGCAGAUAAUGAAGGAUCUUCACAGCCAUAAGAUGGUUGGCGUGCAUUGGGGUACGUUUGUGCUCAGCUCAGAGAACUUUCUAGAUCCGGCGAGGGAGUUGACCUUGUUGGCACACAAAGAAAAUAGACCAAACAGUAUUAUCAUUCCACAAUGCGGACGGACCAUUGUGAUGGACGCCGAAAAGAUCGACUUUAAACACGAUGAUAAGGCUGUUCAGAAAGACACAGUUACCGUAUACCAGUAG